CAAAAACAUGGCGCCAAUUUUGAAACAAAUAGUAAACCCUAGUUUUCUUCCCCAAAAUUCCCGAGUGCCUCAAAUUCAAACCCACAAAUUGAAUCACGCAAGUUUCCGAAUUGAAGAGAAGAUCAUUCCUUCUUCUUCACCACCGUAGCCUCCGGAUCGCAGUUCUACUUGUAGCAGCUAUUUUCCAAGCAUUAUCGAUUUAGGAAAAUUCAGAUCAAAUUAUUCUUUAACACAUCAAAUCCAAGUGAACCACGCCACAAGAGUUAGAAAGGAAGAAAAAUCAUUUUCAUUUCAGCAGUGAAUGCUUCAGAAAUUGUCAUUAUUCCAGAGUGCCCUUUCAAUGAGUUCAAAGAAAGCAUAAGAGAAGCAAGCUCGAGUAUAGGAUGGCAAAUUACUAUGAUAUUGAUGACAUUUUGGUGGAGGAAGAGAUUGUGUCAGUUAUAUUUCAGAAGGCAGCAUCUGGAGUGGGAAUAGAUCCCAGUUCUGAAACAGACUUUAUUGAAACAGGUUCAAAAGUUGAACUGCCUUUUUGGCUUGCUCACGAGUUACAGUUGAGACAAGCAGUAUCAGUCAAUGUUCCCCCUUGUUUCAAUCAAAAAACAAGACUAGAGAUCCAAGCUGAUUGUGCAUGUGUAGAUCUGAGGUCCAGAUGUCCAUACUUUUAUGAAUUUGGUUGCAAGAUAGCACCAAUAGUUGGCGAUAGAACCAUCGGGUUUCUGUUGUUGUCGGCAUUUAAGAAUAGGUACAGGGAGGUCCUCACAAAGGCGCACACUGCAGCAAUUACUGCUGGUUCCAAAUUUUGGACUAUUCUAACAAAUGAAGAGAUCAAUUUGUAUGAGACAGCUCAAUCCGCAAUGGCAUCCUUCAAAAAGUGGCGAAUGGGUGGGGCUAGAUUUCAGAUAGCAUCUAUUCUGGGAAGAAAGAGAAAACCAACUGAGUAGUAACCUUAUUAGAAAUCUGUUUAUGUUUAUGUUGAUGUUUAGACCUGCAAAUUGCAAGAUGUUAAGAAUGAACAAAAAAUAUCAAGUUACUGAUGUUAAGUGUUAACAUUGUACACUUAAUACAGUAUGUGUUGCAAUCUCAAAUAAUUAUUGUAAGAUUAUGAAUACGAGGAAUUUGACCUCUGAAAAAAGUACACUACAAAUUAACAUUGCAAGUGGAGCUUAGAUAUAAAUAUGGUAGACAAUUGAUCU